AUGUAUUGCUCCACUGUCUCUACUCUCGGGGUGCUAAGCAGUGAUGUGCUUUUGGGAAUGUCAAAAGAGGAGAUACGGACUGUAUGUCCAGAGGAAGCAGGCAAGGUCUUCUUCCAGCUUCAGGCUGUCAAGUCAUCAAUUGCAGUAAGCAAUGUGUCACAUGACAAAGCCAACAGCUGCUACUGA